AGGUGUAAGAGAAAACGGCUCUUCAGUCUGCGGCAAGACUUUACCGGGAAGCAAUCGAUGCGCUAUAGAUAUAAUAUACACGUACGUACAAUAGGAUACACUCGCAUGUGAAUAAAAUCAUUUUAUUUUUUUUUUUAUUACUGCAAAACCCGAAGAAAAUUGAAAGAAUUUUUUUUUAUCCUUAUGCGGUUUUUAUUUCAAUUUUUUUCUCACAUCGUCGCGCCAAAUUUCGAGACAUAUCCGUGAGUUUUCAUUCUUUUUUUAUUUCUCGUUUUUUUUAUUUUCGAUUUUUUCGUUGCAUCGUCGAAAAAAGUGCGUGACCGAAUUCCGUGUUGCAGUGUUGGAAUAAAAGUGAUUUUUGCAAAAAAAUAAAUUAAUAAAAAGUUAUAUCGAAGUGACAAUAUGAUUGAACCGUGUGUCGUUUGAUGAGAGUAAUUCUGGUCCAGAGGAAGUUAUUUGGUAUUUUUUUUUUUUUGCAAAUUUUCGUGUAUAAGUUGGGGUAUAAACAUUCGACUUGAUGAAACUUGAAGAUUUAAUAUCGUCGAUAAACAGAAAAGAUAUAAUAUUUAUUAUUCUUUUGUCAUCUGUUAUUUAUAUACACGUUUAUUUGAAACCAUUAAAACCGAGAACCGAAAAACAAUACUUCAAUAACUUUCAUAUGUUCUAUUAAAAAGUUUUGAGAAAGAAGAAAUAAGAAGAAAAACCCCAUAAAAUCGAAAUCGAAAUAUGUCAAACUCUGUUUUCUGAUAUCGUUAGUAAAAAUGUGGAUGUCCAAAUCGUUUUUACUAAAAGUGCUAAUUGUUGCAACAACUUUGUGCGUUCUCGUGAAUUCGUAUAAAAUAACUACCGAUAAAAGUACGAGAACAAUCGAAAGCUAUGAUCAGGGAACAGCGGAUCUCCUGGAAGAGUACGCUGUGGAUAAUUACUCGGAUGAAGAUACAGAGGGAUAUGGAGACUCUGAUGGGCGGGUGGUGAUUGGAAAGUGGAGGAGUAAUGGUGAGGCUUUAGAGCCCAAAUGGCGAGACGGAGAUUCCGUCCCCUUAGCACCAUUCUCUGCAUUAUCGAUCAAAAGAAGUGGAUGGCGAAAGGAGUACGAUUCUAAUGAGGAUGAAGACCAUCGAGUAGGGAGUAGAGGAUACAUUAAUAUUCGUCAUGGCACUCAGAACUAUAAAGAGAAGGAGGGCAAGUUCAUCGAUAACAUAGGAGAGGUGACGUCGUCGACUUUGAAACAACGGGUGAAAACUUUGCAGAAUUAUCAAAACGAGUAUGAGAUGUUUGAAAACGAAAACGAUAACCCCAGACCAAGGAAGCGAAGGCCUCCUGAUAACAACGAAUUUCCUGGCUCCUGGAACAAUGACUCUCCUAUAGAUAAAAGAGUGAGCCAAAAUCAAGCUGGUUAUCCAACAACUAGACCUAAAAAUGAAAGCAAAGCGCAAGAGAAUGUGGAGCUUAAGACAUUUUUGAAAAUGCAAGGGGAUAAUUUGAGUCUUUCUGAAAUAUUACAGGAGAAAAAUUUGACCUUGGCUGACAUUUUGAAGGGAAAACCCAACGUUAUCAGUAUAUUGAAGUUGGAUAAUGAUAAGAAGCCGGAAACGCAGGAAAAGGCAUUUUCAAAUCAUCCGGAGAUUAUUAUUGUAGAAAAAAGUGACGAGGAGAAGUCAACGAUUUACCAAGAAACGAAAAGUACCAAAUUAGAUUUUGAAACAACUGUGGAACCUGUAACUAACAUGGAGUCAAAACAGAGCGAGAAAGAUUCUGUCGAUGAGACGAGAUAUGUUCAAGAUGAGGAAAUUGAUGCAUCCGAGAAACAAGCCACAGAUACUAUAAAUCCUUCAGUUGAUGAAAAAAAAGAAUCUGAGGACUCUAAAGAUGAGUUUCUAAUGCCAUUAGAAAACCGUGAAAGUUUACUUGUAGAAGCAACAACUGUUGGUAAUGACAGUGCGAAGAAUUCCACAAAGAACGAAGAGGUCGCAACAGAGUCUGGGGAAAGAUUUUCACCUGAAAGUAACGACGAUGAUGAGAUAAUGGAAUUCUCUGACUACCCGUUAAAAAUGACAAAGUUUGUUGCCCCAGUUUUUGAAACUACAAGGUUGAACGCGAAGCCAAAAUACGUUCCUCCAUUACUCGGUGCCAUUGAAACAGAAAAAAUCACUGAUGAUGAUGAUUUCAACGGAACACAAAAAAUUAACAAUGAGAUAAGAUCGAGAAAUGUAAGCCUGUGGGGUGUAAAAAAUGAAACCAACGAAAUGGGAGAGCUCAAAACCUCUGAUAUUAAUUCAACCGAAAUCAAAGGUCUCGAUAAAUAUACAUUUCAGGAUGACGGUAGUGAGGAGGACGAAGGGCAUGAGGGCACUGAAAAAAUAGUUUCAAACGACUUGCAAAAUACAGAAGCUGUGAUUCCAGAUCAAAAAAAUUCAACGUUGAAUCAUAAACUGCACGAGGUUGUUAUUCCAAAAGUUGAUCCGCAAUCGCGUGCAGAAAUAUUGGAAUUAUUUAGUUCUGGUUCGAGUGCCGAGAGAUUGGAACGUUUGUUAGCUUCGAGAAAUAUGAGUAUCGAGGAGCUCAUCGCUUUAAGACAGAGGGGGUCGAGCCAAGUUCAUUUUGCGGAGGCAUUCAAAGGCAAAGAGCAUGCUGCUUCGACGUCGAUUCAAUUGCGAAAGGCAAAAACCAACCAUCAGAAACUUGAGAAAAUUCAAACAAUCGAAAACCAGAAGUUGAACCAGACGAGCGGAAGCAAAGAGAAAAUCAAAGUACCAGAAAAAAAAGAGACCUCGUCGAGUAUUAAGAAUGUUGAGAGCUCGGCGAACGUUCCAAAUAAAACAGUGGAUGCACAGAAAGAUAAAUUUGACAAAGAUGCGGAGUAUCUGGCAACGGAUUUAUUUAAUCUAUUUUCUCUCCAUAAAAAUCCAAUGAAGAAUUCUUCGUCUUCCGAUUCCUCGCCGAUGAAUCCUAUCGUAAAAUCGCAAGAAGUGAUGCCAAAUAUAGGGACCAGACCUCAAGUGGAUCUGGAGGAAGCUACGAAGAACUCAACAAAGCCUCUUAAUCCGCUGCCGGCGGUUAAUAACAUCCAAAGAGAUUCUGAUGGAUUUUCUUACUUCACGAGUAUCGAGGCAGUAAAAUUACCCGUCUCAAAUGAAGAGAUGGAAAGGGUAUCUUCUCUCUUAGAAGAGACAAAAAAUUCAUCAACCGAUCCAUCCACUUCAGCCGAGGUCGGGAUAGUGGAGGAAAUCAUGGACGACGAUUUAAAAUCCAUGACAAAGAUGUACGAGAGGAACGAUUACGAGUAUCCCGAAAAAAAAACGGUGUCUAAAGUGAAACCGAGCAUAAUAGCGAGCGGUGGGAUACUGGGAGUAACUAUAGUUGUAUUUCUGUCGAUAUUCAUCGCUUGUCGAAUUCAACAGAAAAAGAAAUUCGCCUACAGAAAUUCAUUCACGAAAGCUGUGUUCCACAACCCCGUAAUGACUGCUAGAAAACUGUCAAAUACGAGCAGCGUCAACACAAUUAUGGUAGACGUAGUCGCAACGUCAACGACAAAGAGACCACAGAAACAUGACAGCUACGACAGCAACGAUUUUGAAGAAAAAAGUGACAUAGAUAAUGAUUCUUUGGAUGCCAACGACAGCUGGGAAACAAUCCCCGAUUUCAUGAAGUAAUAAAAUAGGCAAAACCUAAGUAAACGCAUCGCUAACCGUUAUCCUAAUAACGAAUAACUCGUGCAGCUAAAAAAAAAAAUCAGCAUUUUUACUCGCCAUGCCAUGUGUACUUUAUCAUCCUUUAAAGGCGCACCCAUAGUUAUGCAAAUUUAAGAAUGUUAAUUUUCAGUGUAUUUACACUUCUAGUUUAAACGUUAAGUACAUACUCUAAGUACCUAAUUACCUGUAAAAAUACUCCCUAUCAUUGUAUAGUAAUUGUAUAUUUAUUCGCGAUUUUUCAAUAAAAAAAUGAAUAAAAAAUGUCUUUUGAUAA